GAAGGCAGCAGGAGUAGUAACGAGUUCCAGGAGCAGCUCUGGAUAGCUUCCGCAUUAUUUUUCACACUUUUUGGUGAAACAUUUGCGAUGGAUUCACAUCCUCCUCCUAAACCGUGGGAGCGGCGGAUACCAGGAUCAAUGAGCGCACCUGUGAACUUCAGGUCUACAGACUUUGCACCAUCUGCCUCCUCCUCUAUGUCCACCGGCCCCCCUGUCCUGACCAGGAUGGCCCCCCCAGUGCCUCCUCGUCCCGUCCAGCAGUCCUACCGUCCGUCCUACGGCUCUGUAACCUCCUCAUACAGCCCCUAUGGGAGCUCCAUCUACGGAGGUUACAGCCCCUACAGCUACGGGGGUGCUUACGGGGGUGCCUACGGGGGCGCCUACGGUGGUGGCUAUGGUGGUGCCCACGGUCUCGGAGGGUACGGCCGAUUACCCCAAACAGAAGACGUCGCCCCGAGCAGGUUUGUGCAGCAGGCAGAGGAGAGCAGCCGCGGUGCCUUCCAGUCCAUCGAGAGCAUCGUCCAAGCCUUUGCUUCAGUCAGCAUGAUGCUUGACGCCACCUUCUCAGCCGUGUAUAACAGUUUUCGAGCCGUGCUUGACGUGGCCAACCACCUGACUAGGCUGCGAGCGCACCUCACCCGGGUUCUGUCAGCGUUUGCGUUGGUGCGCACCCUGAGGUACCUCUACAGACGGUUACAGAGGCUGCUGGGGCGGAGGUCAGACGCUGAGGUGGAUGACUUGUGGGCAGACAGCGCCAACGACGCCCUGGCUACGAGUGCUUCCAGAGGGCAGGGAGCAGGGUUUGAGGAUCCCACCAUUAAGUCCUGGCCCAUCAUCCUGUUUUUCGCUGUAGUGCUGGGUGGACCCUACCUAAUCUGGAAACUGCUGAGCUCUAGCCCUGCAUCUGAGGAAAGCGCCACUAACUGGGCCAACGGGGAUGAUGACCAUGUUGUGGCGAGAGCAGAGUACGACUUUGCAGCUUCAACCGAGGAAGAGAUUUCCCUGCGUGCUGGAGACAUGCUCAACCUGGCUCCUAAAGAGCAACAGCCCAGGGUCCGCGGCUGGCUGAUGGCCAGCGUGGACGGUCACACCUCAGGACUCGUCCCGGCCAACUACGUGAAGGUCCUCGGCAAGAGGAGAGGCCGUAAACACGCAGAGAUGGAGAGGCUCACUGAACUACGGCAAGAGAACUUGCCGACCACCCAGCCCCCCUCGGCUGCACCCGCACAGCCCAACAAAACCCCAGGCUUAACUCCAGGAGCCUCCGCCGCUGCUUCCUCAGAGCAGCUGCUGGAGUCUAUGUACAGAGAAACACCAGCUUCAGCCAGCUUCAGUUUGCCCUCCAGUACAGUGUUAAACAUCCCAGAUAAGAUAGACCUGUGAUGUUUGUGUACAUCUCUGUAUGCAAAGUCUGUGUGUGUUUGAAAUGUUUAACUCUGAAGCUCCACUAAUAAACAGCUGACUGUAGAUAUUUAAGGGAACACCAAGGACCUCUUCAAGAAUCGAUCAAAGUAGUUCCCAUAUUUAUAUAAAAUAAUUCAGUCUUCAAACACACUUUUGACCUUAGUGGUUUAGAAAGUGAUCUAUUUAGAAGCAGCAUGUUUCAGUCUUUACAUUUCUGUAGUCAGAGAGCUGGUAAUAUGGUGCACCACUGUUCUUAAGAUCACGUCUGAUACCAGAUGUAACUUUUAAAAUCGCUCGGCAACAAGGAUUAGUUCAUGUUAAAGUGAAUGAAUGGCACUGAUGUCAUCUGUAUACUGAAAGCAACAAAGCCAGAGUAUGUUGUUUCAUAAUGUCAUUAAUUAUGUAAGCUUGUAUUUGGACGGUAAGCUGCUUGGUCCUCUGUGUGUUUUUUUCUUGACAAUGGUUCAUUCAGAACGAGAGCUGGCUGAUUUUGCACAUUUUCAAUGGUUCAUUAGUUACGCAAAGUAAUUUUGUAAAUAUUUAAUAUAAUUAUUUUGAAAAUAAAUAUUUUCAAAAAUCA